AUGAAGCAACGUUUCAGUGCUCUCGACAUUCGUGCAACUGUUAUCAACUUUCGUGAACGGUUGACCAAUCUGCGUCUGCAAAACAUUUACGAUGUCGAUGCCAAGACCUUUUUAUUGAAGUUUGCAAAGCCGGACGAUAAAGAAUUGGUGUUGAUAGAGUCUGGUAUUCGACUUCACAGUACACAGUUCAGCCGUGAUAAGCAAGUGACACCAUCACCCUUUUGUGCCAAGAUUCGAAAGCAUUUGCGUACGCGUCGUCUUACCAAUGUUCGUCAACUGGGUGUGGAUCGUGUCGUGGAUUUCGAGUUUGCUGGCUCCGAGAAGAGUAUUGGCUAUCACAUCAUUGCCGAGUUCUAUUCUUCGGGUAAUAUCAUUUUCACCGAUGAGGAGUAUAAGAUCCUUGCAUUGUUACGUGUGGUCAACUCGGGUGAUGUCAAGAUGGCUGUCGGCGAUACCUAUGAUGUUCAACGCGCAUUGCCUGAUUUCCCAAAAAUCGAAUUCAGCAAGUUGCAAUCAGUACUUCGUAACGCUGGUCCCAAGGAUACCCUUAAGAAGGUGCUCAACAUUUCGUAUGAAUAUGGCCCGGCUAUGGUGGAGCACAUUAUUUUACGUGCCAAUUUGGAUCCUGGCAUGAAAGUGGCAUCCGAAUUUGAUUGCUCAGAUGAUUCACCCGCCCUAAAGGCGCUUAUGGAUGCAUUAAAGGAAGGUGAUGAGAUGAUUGAAUCCACCAAGAACAAUGUUCCAAAGGGUUACAUUAUCCUUUCGGAAAAGACAAAGACUGGUGAAGAUGGCAAGCAGGAAACGAUUGACAUCUAUGACGAAUACCAUCCUUAUUUAUUCAAGCAACACGAAUCCAAAAAGUACAACGAGUUCCCCAAGUUUGAUGCCGCAGUGGAUGAAUUCUACUCUGCGAUCGAGGCGCAAAAGAUUGAGCUCAAGGCUAUGCAGCAGGAACAAGCUGCUCUCCGAAAGCUGGAAGCUGUGCGUCGAGAACAAGAGAGUCGUGUGCAAGGAUUAUUGGAGCAACAGUUGACCAAUGUACGCAAAGCUGAGCUUAUUGAAGAGAAUGUUCCCAUCGUGGAUGCUGCCAUCACCAUUAUCCGGAACGCUAUUGCAAGUCAGAUGGAUUGGCGGGAUUUACGCGAGCUUGUCAAUCAAGAAAAGAGUCGUGGCAAUCCAAUUGCGCAAAUUAUUGAUGAUCUCAAGCUCGAAACCAACCAGAUCACGCUAUUGCUCUCGAGUACUGAAGAUGAAUCGGAUACCAGUGACGAAGAAGGAUCUGAGGAUGAAGGAGAGGAUGAGGAUGAGGAUGAGAGGGAGGAGCAACAACGACAACCUCAAGUGUACAAGAUCGAUGUUGAUAUCUCAGCAACAGCUUACGCCAAUGCCCGAAAGUACUAUGAUCAAAAGAAGAGCACAGCGUUGAAACAUGAAAAGACGAUUGCUGCAUCAUCCAAGGCCAUGAAAUCAGCCGAGCGCAAGAUCAAAAAGGAUCUCAAGGAAACGCGCAUCACCACGUCCAUCAACAAGAUCCGCAAGCCGUUUUGGUUUGAAAAGUUCCUUUGGUUUAUCUCCACUGAAGGAUUUUUGGUGAUUGCUGGUCGUGAUAUGCAACAAAAUGAGAUGCUAGUCAAGCGAUACUUGCGCAAAGAUGAUGCCUAUGUUCACGCUGAUUUGCAUGGUGCAGCUUCAGUUAUUGUGAAGAACAAGCCCGAAUGUGCCGGUCAACCUAUUCCUCCAAGCACUUUGUUUCAAGCUGGCAUCAUGUCUGUUUGCCAAAGCAAGGCUUGGGAUGCAAAGAUUGUCACUAGCGCUUACUGGGUUCAUGCCGAUCAGGUUUCCAAAUCCGCCCCCACGGGUGAAUAUUUGACAACCGGUAGUUUCAUGAUCCGAGGCAAAAAGAAUUAUUUACCACCUGUGCAACUCGUCUAUGGUUUCGGCUAUCUCUUCAAGUUGGACGAGUCAUCCAUUGGUAACCAUGUCAAACGCAGCAUCAACGAAGAUGAAGGAUCAACAACUGGACCAUCGGCUGAUGACAUUGAAUCAAAAAUUGAUACGUCAACCACAACACCCUCUGAAGUAAAGGAAGCUCAAGCAACACCACCCCAACCUGCUGCUGAGCAAAAGGAAAAGGAAAAGGAGGAAGAGGAAGAGGAAUCAUCAUCAUCGUCUGAAAGUGAGGAAGAGUUCCCAGAUACACAGUUGGCUCCCGUUCAGCAACCAAAGCAAGAACCUGAUGAAGCUGCCAAGGAGGAAUGGAAAAAAUAUGAAUUGGAACAGCAUGGUUAUGACCCUGAUGCCGACAAAUUACCAGAAUUUGCCCAACCUGGUGCUGCAGCUGAUAAAAAGAGCAAGCAAGCCAUCAGUGCUAAGGAGCGACGCCAAAUGAAGAAGGGCAAAAAGGAUGAUCAAGGAGCUAGCCAGCAAGCAUCCCAAAAUGGCAAGGGCGGUAAAGCCAACGACAAAAAGCAACAGCAGCAACAACAACAGCAACAGCAGAAGUUAUCACGAGGACAGCGCGCCAAAGCAAAAAAGAUCAAGGAGAAAUAUGGUGAACAGGAUGAAGAAGAGCGUCGCUUACGUAUGGAAUUGUUGGGAUCAAACAAGGGACCUCAACCCAAGGGCAAAAAGGCAAAGAGGGAGGCCCAAGCCAAAGCCGAGCGACUUGCAAAAGAAAAGGAACUUGCAGAACGUAAGGCUGCUGCCGCUGCCAAGGAAGCUGAACGAAAAGCUGCUGAAGCAGCUGCUGCUAAACAAGAGCAGGAUCAUGAACAGGUGGAUGAGGAGCAGCAUGGUGAAGAGGAUACGGAGCAAAUUCGUCAAAUGCUCAAGGAAGAGAACAUUACUAUGCUUGAGGAAGAUGAAGUGGCUAAUCUUUCUGUGCUGGAUUCAAUGACACCCAAUCCAUUGCCUGAGGAUAUCAUUCAUUUUGCCAUUCCUGUAUGUGCUCCCUACACAUCGUUGCAAAAAUACAAGUACAAGGUCAAGUUGACACCUGGCACACUUAAACGUGGCAAAGCUCUGAAACAAGCACAAUCUGUGUUUUUGAAUUCAUCCGAAUCAACGGCGCGUGAAAAGGAACUCAUCAAAAGUGUACCCGACAUGGAAGCUAUCAAUACCAUGAUGAGUAAGGUCAAGGUAUCAGCACCCAACCUUGAAGCUAGCAAGCGGAAAAAGGGCAAGAAAUAG